UUACCAUUGGCAUGGGUAAUGGCUAGAACUCUAAAAUAUAAACCAACAGAACCAAUACACUUUAUGGCAUAUGAAUUAUUACGUUGGGCGCGUGGUAAUGUUCCCCAAAAUAAAAAGGACAAUCUUCAACAAUUAAUUGCAUUAGCCACUAUAACAAUGGAUCAUAAAUUUGUUGUGAAAAAACGUUUAGAAGAAGAGGAACUAAUUAAAAAACUAAAUGAAAAAGCUAUGGAAAAUAUUCCCUGCAAUUUUUGCAGAGAUUAUCAAGAAUUGUAUCGUAUUAAAAAACGAUGUUGGAAAUGUAUAAAAAGACCCUUAAGAAAAUUUGAAAGUUGUGAAUUUUCUGAAAUGUGUACUUCGUGUAAAAUCAAUGUAUCAGAUAAGAGUGAUGAUCAUUCAUUGCCCCCAUAUUUGGAGUCUACUAAAUGCGAGUAUUAA